CCUAUAAGGCAUUGCUUGUUUAAGUACAGUCGCAUUUAGUUGGAGCUGCAGGAGAGAGACAGAGAGAUUCUCUGUGUUUACAGCCAGCACAGCCUACGGUGGAGCAUCUAACCUGGCCCCCCCUUUCUCCAGCACUUGAAGGGGAGAGUGCGAGGUUAUUUGGGAAUCUGGCCACCGUAGGUCAGCUUGCGCUGCGACUGGAUUGUCAGAGCUGGUAAAGCAGAGCCCAGAGGGACUGAAGGGAGACACGAAUCCCAUUUUCUUUGAGAGGAGAGAAGGGAAAAAAAAAAAAAAAGAUAAAUUGAAAGAGAGAGAGAGAGAAGCGAAGAGACGGAGAAAAAGGCAGAGGAAGCAGAGCGAGUGAGAGAGAAGCAUGAGGACCUACUGGCUGCACAGUAUCUGGGUGCUGGGCUUCUUCCUGUCCCUCUUCUCCUUGCAAGGGCUGCCAGUCCGCAGCGUGGAUUUUACCCGAGGUACCGAUAACAUCACCGUGAGGCAAGGGGACACAGCCAUCCUCAGGUGUUAUGUAGAAGACAGAAGCUCCAAGGUGGCCUGGUUAAACCGUUCUGGCAUCAUUUUUGCUGGAGAGGACAAGUGGUCCCUGGACCCUCGAGUAGAGCUGGAGAAGAGAAACCCCCUGGAAUACAGCCUGCGGAUCCAGAAAGUGGAUGUCUAUGAUGAGGGGUCCUAUACGUGUUCAGUGCAAACACAGCAUCACCCCAAGACUGCCCAGGUUUACUUGAUCGUGCAAGUUCCACCAAAGAUCUCCAAUAUCUCCUCAGACAUCACCGUGAAUGAGGGCAGCAACGUGACCCUGGUUUGCAUGGCAAAUGGGCGUCCUGAACCUGUCAUCACCUGGAGGCAUCUGACCCCAACAGGCAGAGAGUUCGAAGGUGAGGAAGAGUAUCUGGAGAUCCUAGGCAUCACACGAGAGCAGUCGGGCAAGUACGAAUGCAAAGCUGCCAACGAGGUUGCCUCAGCGGACGUCAAGCAAGUCCGAGUCACUGUGAACUACCCUCCCACCAUCACAGAGUCCAAGAGCAAUGAAGCGGCCACGGGACGACAAGCCUUGCUCCGGUGUGAGGCAUCAGCCGUGCCCACACCUGAUUUCGAAUGGUACAGAGAUGAUACCAGGAUAAGCAGCGCCAAUGGUCUGGAGAUAAAGAGCACGGGGACCCAGUCUCUGCUGAUGGUGGCCAACGUCACUGAGGAACACUACGGAAACUACACCUGCGUGGCUGCCAACAAGCUGGGAGUCACAAACGCCAGCCUAUACCUUUACAAACGAGUUUUACCCACACUCCCCAAUCCUUUUCCAGGACCCGGCACAGGGAGAGUAGACAACGGCUCCAUGAGUUUGGCCGUCCCACUGUGGCUGCUGGCAGCGUCCCUGCUCUGCCUACUCAGCAAAUGUUAAUACAAAUCAGAAUUAAAAAUAAUAAUAUUAAUAAUAAUUAAAAAAACAACACGACAACAACAACACACAAAACAAAAUGCGUUAUACAGGAGACAGAGCGAAGAGAGGGGAGAGAGAAAAAAGGGGGGGGGAGAGAGAGAGACGACUGUUUCUUUCACAACUUUUGUGUGUUCAGGAACGAAGAGGGGGGAGAGGAAAAAUUACAGCAAAGAAGACUCAGCAACAUUUAAUCCAAAACCUGAAAAGCCGGCUGUCAAGUCACUGACUGUCUAGGAGGCAACACAAACCGAGGGAGAGAAUGGGGCACCAGCAAGGAUCGCGUUGCCGGAGGAUGCUGCAAUGUAAACAAUCCAACAAAACCCACAAAGCCAAUCAAACAGAAGAUCCCUUUUCUUUUCUCUCCUCCUUCCUCUUUUCCAUCCUUCCUCACCUUCCUUCCUUCCUUCCUUCCUUCCUUCCUCCUCUUUCCUUCUUAUGCGGAAAGAGGUCUUUGCUUCGGUGUCUGUAGCCAUUUAACUUUUUGGAUGCCCUGGGUCAUUUUUGUGAGCUAAUGCUCAGCAAGUUCAUACUUUUGAAAACAAAUUUAAAAAAAAAAAAAAAAAAAAAAAAAAAAAAAAAAAAAAAAAAAAAAAAAAAAAAAAAAAAAAAAAAAGGAAAAAGAGAAAAAAAAAGCCACAAACCAGAGCAAGUCACCUGAAGCUCUCUGCACACUGGUGUCCUGUGAAGAACUCUUCCUCUCUUCACUUCACCCUGCGCUCAUGUGCACCCAGCCCUUGCUAAACAUCUUCUUUUCCUGUCCCUUCCUUCAUGCAACAUCGCCCUCACUGGCGUGAACUAAAGCUGUGUCAACUCUACUGAAAGCCUACUUUUUUUUAAAAUCCUCUUCCUCUCCCCCCUCAACUCAACCAGGUGUCUUUCUCUUUCUCCUGUGUAUGCCUGUGUGCGUGCGUGCAUGCAUGUGUGGCUCUUGCUCUGUCUUCACUCUUUCUCUCCUUCUCUUCCUCUCUCUAAGCAUGCAAAAUGAACAGUCCAUGUGUACAUAUGCUCAUCCUGCUGUAGAUAAUGUCCUGCCUUGUAAGUGUGAAACAAGAUGCAGAGAGAUCACUCAGGCAGAGAAGAGGGGUGAGGAGAGAGGGGCAGUUGCAAACACAGGUUUCCAUGGUAUCCUCUCCAGCAUCCUCACUGGCUUUUUAACUUCUGACCACCUUGCUUGCAAGAAGCAGUCUGCACCCUUGUCUACCCUUUUUUUCUCUCCCACCUGCAACCUGUCUGGCUCUCAGCCUUUAAGUACCAGCAUAGCAGCCCCUGCUACGCAUGAGUGCUCGCACACAUGCAUGGGGGUGUGCACUCAUGUGCAAUUGUCCAAACAAGCAGAAGAAACUAGGACUGGCCUACAGCACUAUGGACUGAAGAGUGCAGCCACCCACUCCUCCUGGGGAUGGGAGGCUGAACCAGUGGGAUGUGAGUGAUGAGACCUUGGACAUCAACAAGCAGCCAUUCCUUUUAGGUAUAGUGUGUGCAUAGGAGCAAUGCCUCAACAUGAAAACAACAAUCUGGUCAUUCCUAACCAUUUUGGUAGUCAUGCAAAAAUAGAGCCAAUACUCUUUUUUGUUGUUUUGUUGUUUUCAUUCUUAUUGUCUUCUCUGGUAUAAAAGGAAAUGUAGGCUCUGUGAGAGGGUGAGUGUGUGUGUGCUGUACACCAUUGCUACUACAAAACUCAAUGCAAAUUCCACACUGGAAGAAAUUGGGUCAGAAAAUGUCCAGGACCUGUGAAUGGAAGAAGUAAAACAAAUCUCAGGUCCCAAAUCCUAAGCUUAUAAAGAAGGAACUUAAAGUGGUUCAGCAAAGAAGUGGGCAGCACAGUUUCCCUUGCUCUUCUAUUUUCUCAUCUCCAAAGGUGCUGGCCUUGCUGGAGAGUGCUGUUGCUUGCCAUCACACUUCCCAUGGCAGAACCACAUGCAGAGGUGCCAACAGGAGAUGCUUUGUGGCUCCCAAGUGAGGAGAAGGAGGGAACAGGCUGUUAGAAACAGGGCUGAGAAAAUGCUGGGUGGUGGCUGGAAGUUGCCGCAUCAGCACAAGGUCUGCUGCAGGGGGAGAGAGCAAGGCAUCAGUCAUACAUUCUAGUGGCUGCAGUGCAUGUGUGUGGGCAGGGGCAGUGGGGAGAGGACUCCUGUGUCUCCUGGCCAGUCAUGAGCCCUAGUAUCCACAAGCAGCAAAGAUGAUAAAACACAGUGCUUAUGAGGUAGCCACUUGCUUUACUGGGGAGAGGGAUGUGCAGGAAGAACUUGAGUUAGCCCACACAAGUAAAGUGACCAUCCCAUGACAGUACAAGGGUUUUACAGGUGCUCAGCACCCGUGAGCUUUCAAGCACAAGCCAUCUUGCUUUUCUGUCUUUGCCCUGCGAGUUUGCACAGUAGCAGAACGCCGGGCAGACAUGCUCGCACACUCUUGAAAGCAAGGGGGAAACUGCUGGGCCUUGCCGCUCUCCAGUGUGCUGGAGGGGAUACCCAGCGGGUGGUCCCCUGCAAGGAAGGAAAGUGGGAAAGUGCUGCCUGCGAGACCGUCCCCAUCUUUGCGUGGGUGGGGCACAGUCUGAUGAGGCUUCUCCCUGCUGCUCGGCGUGAUGCUUUCGCCUUGCACUGCGGCACUGCCGACCCUGCCCCCUCGCUGCUGAGCUCAGCUGUUUCAGGCAGCAGCAGGCACGCAAUUAAGCAGGCAGUCAAAGGCUCCUCACAGGCAGGCAGAAUGAGCGAGGAAAUUUGUUGGAGACACGAGAGGCUGAAGUUUGGGCAUUGCAAGAGUUUCUACAGAGCUGCUGUGGGAUUGCAUGGUGGUAAAUUAUGCUCCUCUAGACCCCAAAACCAUACCUGGAGGUGUUUGUGCUUUGGUGCAAGAGGGGAAAGCUGGGCAACUGGUGCAUGAAAUCCACCCAAGGCAUCCAGGGAUGGCUCCCCUCUUCCAAGAUAGGGCGUUCAUUGGUGGGACUUGGGCAUCUCCUUUGGAGACUGGUGUGCCUGUUGUUGCCCAGGAAAAAAAAAAAAGCCCUGUAUCCUUCAGAGCAUUCAGACAUCCCAGUCCUUGUACCUACCCUUAAGGAGGGUCGUGUAAUUUAGUGUCUUAGUAACAUGUCCAGAUUUCCUGCUACAAAAGGCCUCCUCUUACCCCUGCUACAGCCACUAUCUGAUGCUGGUUCUAGAAGCUGAGUCUGGGAGCUGCACCCUUUCGAGCACACUGGGACACCAUAUUGCUCAAUCUCGGUGCUGUGUGGAUGGAUUUAUUGUUGCAGGCUUGGUGUGAAAGGUGGACAGCCUACUGUGUCCUGCUGUCACAGGCUGUUCCUAAAGGCUGGGUCCGACCCACUUUAGGUUCUUUGAUGUCAACCUGGUUGCUUUUGUAGCAUCUGUCCCAUGUGUUGUCCUCUGCAUGUUUUUUUUUUUUUUUGUCACUGUGUGGUCACUCCGAGGCACAGGGAUCCCACACAUCAGAGUGCUGUGGUGUGGUAGUAGUCACAAGUCCCAGUACUUCAUUGUCUCACAUCUAUUUUGGUUUGAAGGAGUUUUGAGGGGAUGUUUUUUUAUAUGUCAAGGCACAGAGGCUUAUAGUUAAAGGGAAAUACCUCACUAAAAGCAGGAUAUCCAUUUUUGGAAGCCACCUGCUUGUUAGCUGGGGGAAAUGGACACAGCCCCAGUGCUGUGUCCAGAUCCUGUGUGUGAGUGAUCUGGCCUUUCCUGCGGGCCCUUGGCAGAUCUUUGCCUCUGUUGCAUUGCCGUGAAAUAGGGUUAAAGUCAAUUAUUUGCAGACCUGUCUGAGACAAGCCACCAAUAACAAGAAUGCCUGUUGUCUGCAGCAGUUCUGGGAACCCCACUCCUGGCAAUGUCUGUUCUUUGGAGGGCUGGGGGUGUCAUGGGUAGGCUGGAGCUUGAUUUAUUCCUAGAAUCUAAUCCUGUUAGCUGCAUUGUGCAUCACAGGAUACUGUAAACAUCCCCCAAUUUCUCGUGAACUCAGGCAGGGAUUGCUCAAAUCAUCUGUCAAGAGGUGAGGCCAGUUGAAUAUACGGAACACAGGCAAGGUCAAAUGCUUUCUCCCCCCUCCCUUUCUCCCCUCCACCCUCUGACAGAGAUGUUGCAAAGGUUUUUCUCAUGUCUCAGUCCCUUUUCUCUGAAACUGUUUCUCCUUCUCAUCUAUUCUGCGCUUUCAUGUUGCUAUAUUUCCCAUUCCCUCCCGAAAAACUGGGCUCUUGCUUCCUGCUGCCUUUCAGCUGGUUGAGGACCAGGAAGGAUGGGAGUUUAGAAUGGGACACCAGUUCCUUGAGCUUGUCAGUGUAAUUGUGUUUGGUUGAUGGAGAUUUAACAUUUAGUGUUAUAAAAAGAAAUGAACAAAAUGGAUAAAAAAAAAAAAAAGAAAAAGAAAAAAAUGUAUUUCUUCAACUUGUUUGUAAAUAUUACAAGAAUUACAUGAGAUGUCCGGUAAUGUCCAAGCAGAGGAACAAAAACUUAGAUUUAAUAUAUGGGCCCAUACUUGCUAGCAGAUUUCUAACCCUUUUCGGAUGACCGAGAGGAGGGGUGAAAGCAAGUGUUUCUGUACGGAACUGGACAGGGGAAAUGCAGCCACCCCGAGCCACAUGAACUCCAUGCAUGAUUAUAGCAUGUUGCUUGGAGCGUGUGCCUGGUCAGAUGGAAAACGAAGCAAACGCCUGUCUCUGUACGGCUGGGAAGGGCGACAUGGGAUGCUCCAGCCGACACCUGUAUCUUGGCAGUUGUGUUCAUUUUUGUUUGUCUGCAGCCCCGUAGCUUGGGGGCAUGUUGCUCAGUGAUGCACCCCCUCCUCCCCCCCACUGCUUUCUUCUCCAGUGAAGUUGUGUCGCCCCAUGGUAGCACCGAGUGCAUGUUAGCGUGCCAUUCAUGAAGAUUUCAUUGGUGACAUGCAUUGUGUCGAGAGUUAGUCUUUGUCCGCACAUCUUUCUUACGCCACUGACUGUUCACCACUUGGGCAGAUCUCCCGUGUAGUCCUGCUUGCCCCACUUUUGGUCAAAGUACAUCCAAGCCCCACCUGCUCUUCUUAGCUCCAGGUGCAUCCAGAUCAUGCCCCCAGGCCACCUGUCUAAGCAACCCCAUUUUGAAAGUCCAAUCAAACAGCAUGGACAAAGUCACUGUCAAUAGCCACGUGGGCUCCAGACUGAGUGGAAUCGGAAUCUGGAAGGAAUCGGGGGGAGCAGCAGUGAGUCCCGAUGAUACAAGAGCAUUUGGGGAAGAAGAUCUGGGAAGUCAGAGGAGUUAUGCUAGAGUCCUUCACAGCCCCACCACCAGGUGAUGUUUCAGCUCAAUCUUUGUGCAGUGUUUCAUCGCUUCGCCCUUCCCUGAUGAGGGAAUCUACAGGCACAGGGAAACAGCUCUUCUCCUCCCAACCCAUCUCACACCUCUGCUUCCUCUCCUCCAAGUGCACUGACCUGCAGCCUAAAUCAUGAUGGUGCUUGAUGUGAUGUAGCAAGUGACAUGGAGGAUAACUGACCAAGACAGUCCUACAGAGGAGGUGCUAGGGGCGUGAGCAGUUCUUUUCUCUCUCUCUCUCUCUCUCUUCUGAUGGUGCACAAUCUUACUGCUUCUCUGACUCAAGUACACAAAACUUCUUGAUUUAGGGAUGCCGGGAGCAAAUUGUUCUAUGGGAAGAGGAAAACUUCAGGCAGGGAAGUGAUUGAGAAACUGGAUGGUAAUUUCCAAGAUGUGGUGCCAGUGAAAAAGGGUAGGGAUGAGUGCUGUCCGUCGUCCAUGCACAGAACUCUCAGGUUCACCAGUGAGGAGACCAUGGCCUCUCAACACUAAUCUUAGAGUGGCUUAAUUUCCAGUAGGAUGCCCAGAAGAUGAUUUUUUUUGACUGCAUGACUCCUGCUGACUAAGAGCUGUGUCACACCAUUAAAACCUCUUUCACUUUUCCUUCUUGUAACUUGCUAGAAUGAUAACUGGGAAACUCCCACAGGCCCCCAAAAUUUUGCUUGAUGGUUGGCUCCCAUUAGGGUAAUGUAUGGUGUUUGCUUGUUGGUUCACUCACCGUAACAGGAAAGCAGAACUCAUCUUGGUCAGGAUAUGGUGGCAUGGUCCUCUGUACCUCUGUGGCUUGGGUUGAUGUGUGUGAAGAAGGAGACUUACCGAGGCAGGGCUUGGGAAAGAGGAGCAGAUCUCCUGAUUAGCCCAGGCAGGAGCGAAGCAGAAGUCCUUCACUUGCUGCAGGCUCAGGUUAACUGGUGCCACAGCAACUCAGACCGCCCUGUAAGCCUUGUUGAAGUGCCCAGGCAGCAGAGGAGAAAGGGGCAGUGACAGUCAGGAGGACAUGACUGCAGUGCAGGUGGUGGGGCUGCAUUAGCAGCAGGGCUCCUUGGGUAGUAUGGCUGAGGAAGGGACAGAGACUGCAUCCCAGAAGGGCUAUUCCUGGGUAGGGCAAGCUCUUCCUUCCCUUCCUAUACUCACGGUGCUCCCUCCUGGCCUCCCAGGGCAUGCUCACUGUACUGCAAUGGGCCUCAUGAGUGAUGCAGUGUGACACCACAGUGGCUGCAGCUGUGUCCUGAGAAAAGGCAUGUGGAUAUUUCUGUACAUAACAUAGGGGCCAUGGAUGGAGACAAGGAACAAGGGCUACCUAGGAGCCAAGCAGGGAGGGGAGCACCACCCAAGCAGGGCUGUCCUCCAAAAUUAUGACAUUUGCUCCCCGUUCGGCCACGCACAGGCACGUACGCACACCCCCGCCAGCUCCACCACGCACAUGCCACAGUAGUCCUCACGGCUACCAUACAGGUGCUCUCCUUUCCCACACUCUCCAUCACACAUGCAGCCAGACAGGCACUCAUCCCCUUGCUCCUGGCCUGGCUCUGUCUGUAACCCACACAGCUACUGGUGACCUCCUGAGGAAACCAGGAGAAAGUGUGUGCGUGCCUGUGCCUGUGCCUAUAGGAGCACAUGUGUGUGCCCGGAAAGGGAGGAGGAGGCAAAGAGCAGGAACCUGCCUCCUCAGUGCCACCAUCACCUCCCCUAGUCAUUCAGCUUUCCCAGCUGGAGCCAAGAUUCAUCCUCUAGACCUUAAGAAUGAAGGUCAGUCCCUUCUUCUUGCUACACGGUGGGGUGGUUAGAACUCUCCUCAUUAACAGUGUUAUAUACAUAUAAAUAUAUAUAUAUAUCUAUAUCUUUAUAUAUAUUUUUCCCCAGCACUGUAGACAUGAGCUGAACUUCUCUUUAACGAAACGAGAAAAUGGCCAUUUAAUUUUUUGCCAUUGGUUUGUUUUUGAAACUAGCUCUGUGAAAGAAAAUUUUAAAAGCGCAAGUGUGUGUGUAAAAGAACCGAUCAAAAAAACUAAACAACCCAACAAAUGAAUGAACAAAACCCAGUGAUGGAAAAAAAAAAAAAAGCUUUUUAUUUUUUCUUUUCUCAAUGUAUUUAACUUCUGUUAUCUCAUUUCUGUUUCUUUACAUGUAUGAAUGCUCUGCUCUUCUGUGAUCUUAAAAAAAAAUACAAAAAAUACAAAAAUUAAAUAAACGUGAAAAGGAG